AUGGCGUCCGCGUCUACCCAGCCGACAGCCACUGCGGCUCCCUAUCCUUCCAUUGAGACACAGUCCAACGCGUCUGCGACCCUUCGACCAAGUCGUACAUCUCAAUCAGCAACAAUUUCUGUGGCACCAGCGGCCAUCCCGGGUGCUGACUUUCAAGUUCCAACAUGGCUUCAAGCGCAUAUGAGAUUAUGGAAGAUUCCCCCGACCCCUGUACGGGCAAAUGCAUGGGUCCUUGAGGCUUUUGAUCACUUCAACUCCAAGAGCGCGCUACCAGACCAUUUCCACGGUCUCCGUCCCCAGCUUCAUCGAGCAUGGUUGAGAGAGAUCAAGAAAAAGGCCGAGACAACCACCACCAAGAAAAGAAAAUCAGACGGAACCCUUAAGCAGCAUGUAUCUAAGAAAGCGAAGGCAUCAACGACAGUCAAGUCAGAGAACUCACAAGUUGCAAUGCCGCCUCCAAAGCCCUUGGGAAACUUGAAAGGAAAGUACGCCAUCGAAACGUUUUACGCCUGCUGUGAUGACGAGUCUCAACGGAACCACGACGAAUUCUGCAGCAUAGUCCUCUCCCCAGGAGAUGGUGGGACACUGCGUGGUUAUCUCAGUUUGGGCCGAAUGAACUACACUGCACUCUUCAUCUUCGAUAAAUGUCCAACAGACGCUUCGACUCGCAAAGUGCCAUUCAGAUGGCGGGCAAGAGAACGUCCAACAAAUUCAAAAUAUUCCGAGGGGACAAAAACUAUGGCUGGGCGAAGUUUCUCGGGGAUGGAAAGAUUGAGAUUUCUUUUGAUAAGUUGA